CUGAAAAUAUAAAUAGCUGACAGGGACCAACUUCAGUUUCUCAUCAAAAUUUAUUUAAUUCUCUUUCCAGACUCAUAUACUACUACAAAGAAAAUAAAAAAUAAAAAGUCGCUAUGACAUAUCGAACCAGCAUCGCAAAGUCGGUGAUUUCCCAAGUCGGCCGCCGGUACUUCUCGUCGGCGGGUGUUCAUCUAAUCAACAACCCGGUCAACGGCAAGUUAUUGACUGGGGGAAUCACUGGAUUCUCCCAUGGAAACCCAUCAAAGGUGGCGGCGGCAGAGUUGAGGUUCCCUGCCCUGUUGAGUGGUUUACGAGAGAAAAGCACUUUGGCCUUGGGAGGGAGAAAGGAGGAAGAAGAAAGGGAAGCCGCCGCUGGUGGCGCAACCGGUGCUCCGGCGAGCGGUGGCGGGAAGGAUGAGAAGACCAUCGUAAGUUAUUGGGGAAUUCAGCCCCCGAAAGUUAUUAAGGAAGAUGGUACUGAGUGGAAGUGGAACUGCUUCAGGCCAUGGGAGACAUACACAGCAGAUACAUCAAUCGACCUGACGAAACACCAUGCUCCAACCACGUUUUUGGAUAAAUUGGCUCUCUACACUGUCAAGGCUCUCAGAUGGCCAACAGAUGUGUUCUUUCAGAGGAGAUAUGGUUGUCGUGCAAUGAUGUUGGAAACUGUGGCCGCUGUGCCAGGAAUGGUAGGAGGAAUGCUCUUACAUUGCAAAUCGUUGAGGCGAUUUGAACACAGUGGGGGUUGGAUCAGGGCAUUGUUAGAAGAAGCCGAAAACGAGAGGAUGCAUCUCAUGACUUUUAUGGAGGUUUCACAACCUAGGUGGUACGAGCGCGCCAUUGUUGUCGCGGUCCAAGUCGUUUUCUUCAAUGCUUACUUCUUGGCCUAUAUUCUUUCGCCGAAAUUCGCUCAUCGCGUUGUGGGAUACUUGGAAGAAGAAGCCAUUCAUUCGUACACUGAGUUCCUAAAGGAAUUGGAUAAAGGCAACAUUAAGAAUGUUCCUGCUCCAGCAAUUGCAAUCGAUUAUUGGAGAAUGUCUCCUAAUGCGACUCUGCGUGAUGUUGUCGAGGUUGUUAGAGCCGAUGAAGCUCAUCACCGCGACGUUAAUCACUUUGCAUCGGAUAUACAUUAUCAAGGGCAUGAAUUAAAGGCAGCUCCAGCACCAAUUGGCUAUCACUAAUUGAAGAAAUGCAUGAUGAGAUGGACAGAAUCUGGAGACAACAAUGCAGUCAGCAGAUAAUGAUGAGAGUGUUAUGGUGCUAACUAUACAAAAAUUUCUGAUUCUGUUUCUUGUUUUAAUGUUAAGGAUUUUGCGCUGCCAAUAAAGAUACACUGCACAAUAUGUAUGGAUAGAUAGUUUUAUCUCAAUUUUCAUCACAUCUUCAUCUCUGCUUUUUGCUCGUUCUAAUUUGGGAUUUGGUAUUUCAUAUGGUCUCAAAAUGGCAGGGUGAAUUGAGUCCCUGCAUUCGUUGAGGCUGAAAUGGUGGUCCUUUUGUAAGGUUUGGAAAAAAGGGGGUUAAUGCUGAUUUAAGAAUUUCAUAAAGAGAAACGGCUCCUGAGGGAGCUGAAGCACAAAUUAAUGAGACGUCUGUUCAACAACGAUGGUGGUGAUUGGUGAAUGUUGUGACAAAAAAAUGUAUGGGAAGGUUGUCUGAAUCGUCUCUCUGUUGGAUCAGAACCCUUGAGCUAGUAACGGUACCGCCACAACUUUUGGAAACAAACAGUUUUGGUGAGCUUAUGUCCAAAAAUAUAAUUCAUGCUAAGUUUUGAAAUUUAUAUUUUUUUAAAAAAAUAAUUUCACAUUAAAUUUUGAAAUUUAGACCCUUUUAAACG